GGCGGCGGCGGCGGCGGCGCCAAGACUAAGAAGAGCAACGCGGGCAUCCGGCGGCCGGAGAAGCCGCCCUACUCCUACAUCGCGCUGAUCGUGAUGGCCAUCCAGAGCUCGCCGUCCAAGCGGCUGACGCUGAGCGAGAUCUACCAGUUCCUGCAGGCGCGCUUCCCCUUCUUCCGUGGGUCCUACCAGGGCUGGAAGAACUCGGUGCGCCACAACCUCUCGCUCAACGAGUGCUUCAUCAAGCUGCCCAAGGGGCUGGGCCGGCCCGGCAAGGGCCACUACUGGACCAUCGACCCGGCCAGCGAGUUCAUGUUCGAGGAGGGCUCCUUCCGACGGCGGCCCCGCGGCUUCAGGCGGAAGUGCCAGGCCCUCAAGCCCAUGUACAGCAUGAUGAACUUGAAUUUCAACCACCUCCCCGACAGCUACGGCUUCCAGGGGCCCUCCUGCCCCCCCAGCAGCCUGCCCUUGGACGGGGGCGCCCUGGGCAUGGUCAACGUCGACGGCAUGGGGCUGGCCGGCCACUCGGUGCCCCACUUGCCCUCCAACGGGGGCCACCACGCCUACAUAAGCAGUUGCGGGGGCGGGGGAGCCGGGGCCGCCUCGGGGGGAGGGGACUACGGCCACCACGACGGCUCUGUGCCCGCUUCCCCCCUGCUGCCCGGAAUCCGGUACCAUUCCCAGUCUCCAAGCAUGUGUGAUCGGAAAGAAUUUGUCUUCUCCAUCAAUGCCAUGGCGUCAUCUUCCAUGCAUUCAGGAGGCAGCGGUUCCUACUACCACCAGCAAGUUACAUAUCAAGACAUCAAACCUUGUGUGAUGUGACAAUAAGGCUGGGGUGUCAAGCUUUCUUGGGGGAGAGACAGUCCCCGGUGACCCAAGUGAAAACUAUGUAGGACUAUGGGACUUCCUGCUACAACCCUCUUUGGGAGCCAUAGGACCUCUCCAGAAGUUAGUCUGCUAGUUGUUGAUGAGGUAUAUAAAUAUUCAAGACAUCUAUGGGAAGGAACUCUCUGUCCUUAAGCAAAGGUGGAAGAGAAGCAGGUAUGCAUUUCGUGUGCCUUUUGGGGUGGGGAAGCUGAAUGCCAAAAAUUUCUUCUUUCAUCUUGGGCCCUAAACACCCAGCACUGAGAGCUACACCCAUUCCCAAGAACCACUUCUGUUCUUUCCCAUUCCUUCUUCCAGGAUCCAAAUCAACUCUCUUUAAAAAAAGAUAUAUCCUAACCCCUCCCAACUCCAGCAUGUAAUUUUCAAUUUUAACGAGCCUUUAUGAGAAUGGAUGCUAGAAUUCGAGGGACAGAGAUCCGCCCUACAAGAAAGAGAUCAACAGCUCCAGUAACAAUCCCUGGGACAGCAAGUGACCAUGAGUUUUUGGAGUUCUUCAUUUGGCAAACGUUGGCUUAGCCAUUGUGGCUUUUUAGCCUUGGCAUUAAGGAGAGAAUGGAUUCAGCUCACAAUGUACUUGACCUCUGAUUCAAAGCCAUGGAGAAAUUUCCCAGAAUAAUUCCCUAAGGCUUUCUUCUUCUUCCCAAAGCCCACAUCGUGUGCAGUUUCUAACAUUUGCUGUAUCUUAGGGGUGGUGAGGUUUUGAAACCCGAACCUCGCAGACACACAAGCCCACAGACAGACCACAAGCAUACAGAGGAGGAUUGGGACCAUCAACCGCCUGAUGUUCUAAAACUCACGCCGCUUUCCCUUUGGCUAUUUUAAAUAUUAAGUACAAAAUUACAAAGAAAAGCACUUUGAGAAAUAAAGGUUGACAAUGGGAAUAAAAAAGACUAACAAGGCUCACACGCUUAUUUAUUCAAACCUUUUAAUAAAACCCAACAGCAGCCUUGGUUGAUCAGUAUUAGAAUGGUUAAUGUGUCGGCAAUAUUUGCUGUAGCAACUGUGUACGUAUGUCUAUGAGGAAGACUGUGUGACUGCUCGUGGGUAUGUAUGUUUAAAGUAAUCCUGGCAAAUAUCAAACAGCAGUACAGCACAAUUUCCCCCGUGUUUUAUAUAGAUGAAGGACGCUUUUUAAAAAAUUUUUUUGCCAGUUUGGUUUUGCCUGACAAUAGAGCUUAGGUGACACACCUAUUUUAAAUCUUAUUCUGCACUGUAUAAAAAUGUAAUUAUGGCAGAAGGGGUCUAGGCCCCCUAUUUUUGUGUACAUUCAUUCUUUUUUUAAAAAAAAAUGGAAUGCAAAUAUUUUAAAAAUGUGUGGUAUUCGUACACGUUGGACACAAAUUGUAUAAACUGUAAAUAAAUCAGCGUGACAUAGAAGUCUGCGUAAUGGCAUGUUAAGAAUAAAAGUCAAAGGAAAAGAGG